UCUGUGCAUGGGAGGAGCGUCACAGCUUGGAUGCGGAGCUUGUAGAACCGACACCACCAUCACUGGUCCUGGGGUGGAGAUCGUUAUGCUGAGUGUGCGUGAUGAAACAGCUGUAGCCUGAAGAAGCCGCCUCACAGGCCACAGCGACACUGUUACCUACGUACUUAGAUGUGAUGUAGGAGCUGACAGACACUGACUGCACACACGGUGAGAGAGAAAAAAGGAGAGAGAGAGAGAGAGAGCGCUGACGGACUGUGCGUAAUCCUGUGACUGGACAGCAGUGCUUCUCUCACUGUCUUCCAGCACAGACGGGCCACUGACAGCAGAAACGCACUUCCUCUGCAGUGCAGCUCGUCACCACAGAGUCCGAUGCGUUCCGCCGGACCCAACCAGGUCAGUUUCAUGCCGUCCAUGCCGACAGGAACCUGAGCUGAAGGAUGCAGGUUAAAAACCAGAUCUGCACAGAGCGGAGCAGCAGCACCGACGACCCGGAGCAGGAGGACAACCAGAAAAAGACCUCAUGUUUCUCCAACAUCAAGAUCUUCCUGGUGUCGGAAUGUGCGCUCAUGCUGGCACAGGGAACAGUGGGCGCUUAUUUGGUAAGUGUCCUCACCACUCUGGAAAGACGCUUCAACCUACAGAGUGCCGAUGUGGGCGUCAUUGCUAGCAGCUUUGAAAUAGGCAACCUGGCCCUCAUCCUGUUUGUUAGCUACUUUGGCGCCAAGGCCCACAGGCCCCGUCUGAUUGGCUGCGGUGGGAUCGUCAUGGCACUGGGGGCGUUGCUUUCAGCACUGCCGGAGUUUCUCACCCACCAGUAUGAGUACGAGGCCGGCGACUCUUGGCACGCUGAGGACGGCAGGGACAUCUGCUCUAACAUCUCCAGGUCAGAAAACCGAGACUCUGGGUUUAAAUGUGGCAACAGAGCCAACACCAACAUGAUGUACCUCCUGCUGAUCGGAGCCCAGGUGCUGCUGGGUAUCGGAGCCACACCUGUCCAGCCACUGGGAGUUUCCUAUAUCGAUGACCACGUCCACAGGAAGGACUCCUCAUUGUACAUAGGUAUUUUAUUUUCAACAUUAGUGUUUGGCCCGGCUUGUGGCUUCAUCUUAGGUUCCGUCUGUACCAAAGUCUAUGUUGAUGCCGUCUUCAUUGACACAAGUAAGCUGGACAUCACCCCAGAUGACCCUCGCUGGAUCGGGGCAUGGUGGGGCGGCUUUCUCCUCUGUGGUGCCUUACUCUUCGUGUCAGCUCUCUUCAUGUUCGGCUUUCCCCAGGCACUGGACGAGCAGAGCAUGGAUGGUGUCGGGGAGAGUGAGCAGGCCAUGCUGCCUCCUUCUCUGUCCAUGGACUACCAGGGCUCUAAAUCUAAAGCGACCUUUCAUGGCUUUGAUAUGAACAGUGGACUCACGGUCUGUGAGCACCUGAGAGUCAUCCCCCGGGUUACCAGGCACUUACUGUCUAAUCCGGUGUUCACUUGCAUCACACUGGCAGCGUGCAUGGAGAUCGCCGUGGUCGCUGGCUUUGCCGCCUUCCUCGGCAAAUACCUGGAGCAGCAGUUCAACCUCACCACCUCGUCAGCCAAUCAGCUGCUAGGUAUGACAGCUAUCCCCUGUGCCUGUCUGGGUAUCUUCCUCGGGGGGCUGCUAGUGAAGAAGCUGAACCUGUCGGCUCUGGGCGCUGUUCGUAUGGCCAUGCUGGUCAACCUGGUGUCAACUGCCUGCUAUGUCUCUUUCCUCUUCUUGGGGUGCAACACUGGACCUGUGGCAGGGGUGACCGUCACCUAUGGCAACGAGACAUUGCAGUCAUGGCAGCGGCCGGAGUCAGCAUGCAUCAGUAACUGUAACUGCUACACAGCAUCAGUGAGUCCUGUCUGUGGUUCCAAUGGCGUCACCUACCUUUCAGCCUGCUUUGCUGGCUGCACCAAACCAAACCUGACCAGCUGUACGUGUAUAUCCAGCAACAACGAGGAGGCGGUGGCUUUACCGGGGAAGUGUCCCAGUCCAGGCUGUCAGCAGGCCUUCCUCACCUUCCUGUGUGUGAUCUGUGUGUGCAGCAUGAUCGGCGCUAUGGCACAGACACCAUCUGUCAUCAUCCUCAUCAGAACUGUAAGUCCAGAGCUUAAAUCAUAUGCUCUUGGAGUUCUGUUCCUGCUCCUGAGACUUAUAGGUUUCAUCCCUCCCCCUCUGAUCUUCGGCAUGGGCAUCGACUCCACCUGUCUGUUCUGGAGCUCUGUGUGCGGCGAGAAGGGAGCGUGCAUGCUGUACGAUAACGUGGCCUACAGGCACCUGUACGUCAGCAUCGCCAUCGUCCUCAAGUCGUCGGCCUUCAUCCUGUACACCACCACGUGGCAGUGUUUGAGAAAGAACUACAAGAAAUACAUCAAGAACAGUGAGGGCUACCUCACUCCCACCGAACUCUUUGCCUCUAACGUGACUCUGGACAAUUUAGGCAAGGAAAUCACGCAGAACCCUGCCAACAGGACAAAGUUCAUAUACAACCUGGAGGACCAAGAGCUGAGUAACAACAUGGAGUCAGUUUUAUAGUGGCGCUCUCUCCAGGGACUGCAGACUAGAACUAUUAAUGCUACUGACCUAAUACGUUUCUCUGUUGUUGUACUGGUUUAGAAGAAAGUCCUGGGUAAGGGUUUUAUUCUCCUUUCAGACUUAACAAUAAUUUCCCAUUCACAUUGCACUCAAUUUUAUCCGCUAUAAUUUUUACUUAAAUAUAAUUUAUCCAGUCUUUUUGGUUGUGCUGUUUUUUUUUCCUCCCUUGUUGACAAGAAAGAGAAAAGAGAGGAGAAAUUAGACUUAAAACACCACCAGAGAUUUUAAACGGGGGAUGUUGAUUUGCAUCCAGGACAAUUCUUCUACCAGGACAUCAGGAGAGCUUUUCUUUACAGAAAGAUUUAGUCACAUUAGGUUGAGAUGUAGCGCAGAAUCAGGGCUGUGUGAGCGGCAGUAAACGGCCUGUUCAUCAGUGGAUCAGUGGACAGUUUUGUUUUCCUUUAGAGGGGAAUAUUUUCUCAGGUCUUCAUGUUAAAUAGAAAGAAUGAGAGUUGAUGUAACGUGUCCAUCGUCAGAUGCAUUUUUAACUUGUUUUCAGAGCACUUUUCAGAUGCGAAGAACACACAGUUGUCGCACAACUGGGAUCUUUCCAUUCAGGGAGUCUCACUUUAGGUAACCAGGCAGCCUCGCCACACAUUUACACACUGGUGCCAAUAACUCACCUACCCUCACUCUAUUUUUAUUAUAAUUAACCUAAUUAGACAUAUAUAUAUAUAUAUAUAUAUACAAAAAAAUAUCUAUACACCAAACUGAACCAAUCCAUAUCUGCCAUUCUGCACUUGUGCAGUGACCCAGGCUCUAAUAUACUGAGUACAAUGAAAAAUUAAAACAACUAUAAACCAUAUUUCCCAAAACAACUCAGAAGUUAACUGCAGUAAUUUAUUUUACAUGUUUGUGACUUUGCAUUUACAAGGUAGCUAUACCCACGUGUCUCUCUUAUUUGCUUUCCAUGGAAUUGGCCUGUUGUCGUUCUAGAGGACGUUUGUGGAAGGUAGAGGAGUGCCUGUGUGCAGAUACGAGCAAAACCAACACUAAUAGGGAGCAUUGUAGGGAGCACUGAGCCACCACUUCCAUGUGCACCACCAACAUGGUUCACUGUUAAAUGUGAUGAUCCCUUUACUGUGCUAUGAUAAUGAAUCCUAGACAAGCUUCUGAGACCAAAUGUCUGUUUUACCGCCACAAAAGCAUUUUUUUUCUACUUCACUCAAAUCAGUUGAUCAUCUCCGUUACACAUCUCCGUUAUACUGUAAGGGUGACUUACAGUAUACAUAUAUAUACUUCAUCAUACUCAAAAUGAGUGAGGAUAAAAAGGAAUGAUGUGGGGCCCGCUCACAUCAGUACAUGGAAUUGCAACAUUUAUGAGAACGUUUAUAAUUUAUAGUAUAAUUCUGCCUCUCAUGUCACUGGGAGAUGAAGACGAAGAUGAAGAGAUACAGUUUGACUUAGUGGUUUACUUCCACUCUUGGGGAUGCCACCUUCAGCAGUAAUGCAUGGAAUACAUAGAAACACAAGAUAAAUACCAUGUAGGGAACAUUGUAUAAUAAGACUCUCCAAAAGGUACACGGUACAGAGCUGAGGCAGGCGGAGGCUGACGCUGAGAGCGAGCGAGCGCAAAAGGCAUUUAAGUGGAACGCCAAGUCAACACAGUGGUGAUAGUGGUGGGCUAGCUGUCGGCGGACACGGCGUAGCAUGACGCAGCCAGAGUUAGUUCCUUUAACAGCAUGCUGGUAAUGCAUGUGAUGAUAGAAAAUAAAUAAAUAAAUAUUUAGUAUGUCACAAAGUUGCACACACACUGUGGUUUGAUGGACAUGGUAGUGGUUAAAGACACAUUUAACUCUAGUGGCCUGUAAAUUCUAUUUUUGACCACAGGAAAGCUUUAUAAUGCAUACUGCAUUGUGAUGUUAACAUUUAAAGAAAACAAACAAAAAAAAAACAAACUCAGCUGACUCAUAAUCACUCACACUGCAGUGACUGUCUUAAUCUUACAGAUGUUUUUCUAUGGGAUUCUGAUUUCUGACAUAUACACUUUAUAUCGACUAUAUUGUUUUUUUUUCUUCCCUGCCUUACUUUGUAAGUAUUUAAUAUGUUUUGCAUCAAAAAUAUGGACGUUUUUGUCCAGCUUCUAACCAUUGCAAUAGAUGUGUUUGCCACAGAUGUUUAAUCCAUUUUGGGGUUUGACACAGGGACUUAAAGGAGUGUUUCAGCAUUUUGGGAAACUUUCUUGCCAAGCGACACUGAACCCCGCGAAGUAUCCCCGCAAAUCGUCCCUUCCCCAUAAACUUUUUUUUUUGCAGGUAAUUAAAUACAAAGUGUUAAGUCUUAAAAGUUGCUCGUGGAUGGAUUUUGUCACUGGAUCCAGGCAAACUUUUCCUUCUGUUUUCCACCUUUGCCCUAAAUUUAGCAAACCAGCUGCUGGCUACAGUUUCAUGUUUACUGUACAGACAUUAGAGUGGUGUCAGCCUUCACAUCGCUUGGCAAGAAAAUGAGUUUCCCACAAUGUUAAACUGGAAGUUAGUUGCAGUUGCCUACUACUCUUUCAAAGGUUUCCACUGCUUGGUUUCAUUUUACUUUAAUCGUUAUUUUUGCCUAUUAUGAGUGGAGAUUAGAACUAAACCACUCAACCAACUCACAAUGUAUUUAGUUUAGCACCUCACUGAACCAAUAGUUUGUUAUUUAAACGUUGCCAUGCACUGAUGCUUUACAUGGGACUGACGUAAGUGUCACAUUAAUGCUUGGCGGUAGUUGCUAAUGUCGGUAAAGUGAUGGUGAUGUGAUGUCCACCAUUGUUGGGUGCACUUUGUCUGACAAAAAACACAUUGGUCACAAGGAGAACAAGAGCUCUGUUUUGGACUGUGUAGAUUUUGAACUAAAUGUGCUGGAAUAUUUGCAUAUAAAGUUGGAAAGUUGAGCAUUUUUCAUAUGCAACACAAGUGAAGAGACGCAUGGGGGACAAAAAAAAAUGCAAUUUGGGGACACUUGAUGUUGCUUCAUUUAAAGUGAAAGAGAAGUGUUUCAGUUGACGCCUCCUGUGUUAGCAUCAGGAAAUCUAUGGAGAGGAAACUAUUGUUUGAGAUCACUUCCUAAUGGACCUAUGUUUGAAAGAGAGCUAUGCCAAACCACGCCAGACUAAUAUCUGCUGGGUUUGAUGUUUGACAGAAAAAGCCACAGAUUUUUUAGAGCUGCUUUGACACUUGAAUCCUUACAGUGGAGGAAAAUCUGGGCCUGGAACACUUUUCAAGCCCAAAUUUAAAUUAUCCCUGGCAGGACAUUUAUUACAGACAGACAUUAUGCUGAGGUGUACAGAAAAUACACAAAUAAAUAUUAAAAAAAAAGGAAGCUUCCACAUUUCUAAUAGACAGGAGGAUAAUGAAACCCAACAUUCCCAGCUGGUUUGCUGUUUCCUCCUUAGCGACUCCCAACAGGUGAUGCUGUAUUUUGAUAUCUGUAAUGUCCAGUGUGUCAUAAUGCUGACUCCUCUGUACAUAAUAGUACCAUACAAGUGCCAAAGUGACACCAUAGAAGUGUUCUGUAACAUCCUGCAGAGAACUUGUCUCAACACGCUGGAGCUCAGAGCAGAUCGUAUGUAGCCUUUCUGUGAUAUCCCUCCACUUACUUUCACCAUAUCAUUGUCCCCAAAACAUAUUGCCUAUAAAAUAUUGUAUAUUGGUCUAGAAAGCAGUAUUUAUUUAGGAUGUAAUAACUGUUAAUAUGUAGGACUUUUUCUACUAGUGAAGUUAUAGUCUAAUUUUGUCUUUCCAUCUGUGGCAAAGCUAACUGGUUGUUGCUUUGCUCCAAAUAUGAAAACAAUACUCGUCUUGAAACAAAUUACACCACGGUUGAGCUCCAGCCCGACCUGGUGCGGUAAUUAUGGUUGACUGUAGUGAAUCAGCCAAAUUUCACAGAUAGCAAUUCCUGCACCUGUGCCUGGAUAUUAAGCUUCUACUCUUGAGACUUUGUGAUGGAAGCCAAUGUUGUGCCAUAUCAACCUGUGCACUGUAACAUUCUACACGUACGAAGAAGAAGCCAACAUAUUGUAGGUCUGGUGUGCUGGCAAGUGGGACAGCACUUGCUUGACCAUGUAUUCACCUGCGGCGAAAGGACUGUUUCUUUUUGCACCUAAAUGUGCUGGAGAUGUUUUGCCUUGUGAUGAGAAAACUGCUUAUUUACACAUCAGUUUUUUUUCUAUAAAUUUAUUUUUCUUGUCAUUUUUGUUUGAUGACUUUGCCUUUUGGUACGAGCAGGUUGAUCUUUGUAACAGAUCUUUAGUGACGGAAGUAUUGAUAUAUGAAGAGUUUACUGCCAAAUACUACAACAUCUGUGGGAAAAUAUGUACUUAUCUGCCAAUAUUGGAAGUGUUACCUGUAAAUAAGUCCAGAAUUACUUGGACCAGAUUACUUUGUUGCCAUUGUUAAGAGCAGUCAAGUUUAGUAGAUGAAGGAUGUUGUUUUGGAUGGAAACUCUUCAUAUGCAAAUAGAUAAGCCUUUAGGCAGCAUGUUGCCUUUUUUUUUCACAGUAAAACCAUGUGCUAACCAUGUUAGUGAUGGUCUUAAAGUGUGUUUGCGUUUGUUGUGGGCGAUAGUCAUAAUGUGAAUUCCAUGGCUUUCUGCAUUGAGGGGACCUUUGUAGAGGGAAACGGGCAACAAAAGAAGAAAAUAUCACUUAUACUUACAGAGUAUCACAAAGACCUUCACCUUUGCGCGAUUGCAUCUUUGGGUUUGUUUUACGUUUUUCUUUUAAUGACAUAAAUUUAUAUUCAAAAGCUUUAUGUUCUGUAUAAUUCUUGGGAAAUGUUACAUGAUUGUGUGUUCAUUGUAAAUACAUUAAAUAUACUAUUUUUGGUUUUAA